AUGUCCGUCAACAAGGGAAAAGGAAAAGGAAAAGGAAAAGAAAAGGCCAAGCCAACCAACCCCCUAGUCCCCAGCGAACCCGGCUACGUCCAGGACUCAAAAGGCGACUGGCACCAAUUCGCCCACCCCUCCAACAAUUUCUCCCGUGAACAGUUCCCUACCCUCACCACGAAGCACAUCGCCGCCAAAAAGCCCGAGUCCAUGUUCCGCUACAUCUGGCGUCGUUACAUCACCGACGAGGCUCAAUACAGCCAAGGUACAUGGGACGAUGAGGAUCUUGCGUUGCAAAAUGCGCUGUAUAAGCGCCACCAAGGUCUGAAGAAGGCUGAACGCGACUAUAAGAAGUACGAGAAGAAGAUGCUCAAGAAUAAGCACAUCCACUACAUCCCGGAAUCAGAACGUCCCAGUCGCCACGACUACUCCGACGAAGAAGACGGCGGUGACGGAUAUCGUGCUCCCCAGGAUCCGCAAGAUGCAGGAGAAGGUCCUUCGAAUCGCGGUGAAUCUGUACCGCCUCCGUACCCUCUCGAGGAGGCUGGGUUUACAGGGGAGAAGGUGACCCCGGAGAUUACGGAGGUCCAGGAGACACAGGAGGAGAGGGCCAAGAAGAAUCGCCGGCACGCGACCCUCCACGCCUUGGAAGCUGCUUCGGGUGGUCUAGACACAGGUGGCCACCGCGAGCGCGACGAGGAGACGGAGCGGCGUGAGGUGCGGGAUGAUGCGCCGGUGAUUCCGCGUGGGUGGUAG